CUGGGCGAUCCAUCGUUCAUCUCAAGCUCCUUCCCCGGCCGGACACUACCGUCGACUGUGUUGACUUCUCUCUCGAUCCUGCUUGGCAACAACCAUGGCCGCCGCUGGCCACCUCAUGCUCCUGUCCUGCGUGCUCCUCCACGCCCUCCUGGCCAACCCCGCGGAGGGCAUGGUCCGCGUGGCGCUGACGAAGCGGCCGGUGGACGAGGUCGACGGCCCCGUCGUCGCCGGAGAGGACGCCCAGCGCCUCCUCGCGUGGCGGCACGGCCUCGUCUACAACGCUGACGUAGUGCCCACGAAAGGCGCAGAGAGCCACGUCGUGGCGCUCAAGAACCACCUCAACGCCCAGUACUACGGCGAGGUCGGCGUCGGGACGCCGCCGCAGAACUUCACCGUCAUCUUCGACACGGGCAGCGCCGACUUCUGGGUGCCCUCCUCCAAGUGCUUCCUCUCGAUUGGAUGCUAUCUGCACGCGAGCUACAAGGCCAGCAAGUCCACCACGUACAAGAAGAACGGAAAAAGGGUCGCACUUCGUUACGGAACCGGUGCAAUUUCUGGCUAUCUUAGCCAGGACAAUGUGCAAGUUGGUGGUGUAGUUGUAAAAAAUCAGGAUUUCAUCGAAGCUACCAGGGAGCCAAGUAUUACUUUCAUGUUUAGGAAGUUCGAUGGCAUUCUCGGUCUUGGAUUUAAAGAAAUCGCUAGGGGCGGUGUUGAACCUGUCUGGUACAACAUGGUUAACCAACAUCUGGUUGGUAGCCCUGUUUUCUCGUUCUGGUUCAACCGGCAUGCUGGCGAAGGGCAGGGGGGAGAAAUUGUGUUUGGAGGAAUUGAUCCUAAGCAUCACAAGGAAGAACAUGAAUACGUUCCUGUUACUAAGAAGGGAUAUUGGCAGUUUGAUAUGGGUGAUGUCUUGAUUGGAGGAAAGUCCACAGGAUUAUGUACAUCUCGCUGUGCAGCUAUAGCAGAUUCGGGAACUUCGUUGCUUGUUGGUCCCACUGCAAUAAUUACUCAGAUAAAUGAAAAGAUUGGUGCACCUGGGAUUUUCAGCCAAGAGUGCAAGGAAGUUGCUUCUCAGUACGGGCAACGGAUCUUAGAUCUAUUGCUAAAUGAGAUCGACCCAACAAAAAUAUGUCCUUCUGUUGGUCUAUGCACUCACAGUGGAACUCAAGGUGUAAGCUUUGGUAUUCGGACUGUGGUAGAUGAUGAAACCGGGAGAUCAAAUGAUGCCAUGUGCCAUGUUUGUGAGAUGGCUGUUAUGUGGGCAAAGAACCAACUUGCACAGGAUCAAACACGGGAUCUUAUAUUGAAGUACAUUAAUACGCUAUGUGGCUAUAUCCCUAGCCCUAUGGGAGAAUCAUCAGUGGACUGCAAAAGACUUGCAUCCAUGCCUGACGUCACCUUCUCCAUCGGCGGCAAAAAGUUUGCACUCACACCAGAGCAAUACAUCCUGAAGAUUGGCGAGGGAGAUGCUACUAAGUGCAUCAGUGGAUUUGUAGCUAUGGACAUUCCUCCUCCCCGUGGUCCUAUCUGGAUCUUGGGUGAUAUAUUCAUGGGAGCCUAUCACACUGUCUUUGACUAUGGUAAAAUGAAGGUUGGCUUUGCGAAGGCGGCAUAGAUAACUGGAUGAGCUGCGGAGGAUCCGGCUUUUCAGGCCAAUUUCAUGCUCAUAGAUGCUUCAUAAUGCAUGUGUGGUCUAAGAUUAAUAAGUAUUUAUAUUUUGAUUUGGCCAAGAUAUAGUAAUGAUUCCAUAUAGACAUGGUUACUAUUAAUUGUCCUAACAAGGUGUGCAUGCCUCCGGUAUUACUACUCUUACUAAGGUGGAUUGUAAACUGAAAACUGAGGCAACAUGAACUU